UGACGAACGACGGAACCAGGACACAGAAUUGAAGUAAUAUAUCUCGAAAGUACAUCAGCUUCCUGAAUAAAUGCAUCGAUGCAUUUAAAGGAAACGGCAGGCAUAAAUACUGAAAUGUGGAUGAUAAAACAAAUAAAACAUCUAAAUGUCGUUAGCAUAUCACGUGUAACAAACUUAUCGAAUGAUUUGUCGAAGAGCCAAUAAAAGUAGGGGCUUACGCACAAUCACCCCAUAAAAAAGAUUUCAGCGUCUGACAACAAACUAAGGAUUGAGGGUUGGAGAGUUCGAGUACAGGAAUUAAAGAGCAACUUAAGAUAAAAUAGUGUGAGAAAGAAUUUAAAAAGUUGCAGACAGUGGUGGUGCGUUAUAUACACGGGGUGGCGCGCGCGGCAUGGUGGUGACGGUGGUGGUUGCCAACAAAUGCUGCCAUGCUUGGACGAUGCCAGCCGGCGACCUGGACGUGGCCGCUGGAACCAAUGCUAAGGACACUCGACCUCGUACAUAUUACAACAACGACAACAAGGUGGUUGGUUGUGAUACUCGUGUUUACCAUUUGUGGCACUCACGCUGGCCCGAGGUAUGCUUCGCGCAUCGUCGAGACCAGAAGUGGCCAGAUAAGAGGCAUACUGCAGGAAUUAAACGGACGAUUGGAUCCAGUGGAAGUAUUUCGAGGGAUUCCCUACGCCGCUCCGCCAAUUGGGAAUCUACGACUAAGACCUCCAUCCCCGCCAAUUCCUUGGUCAGGAAUAAAGCUUGCGGAUACAUUUGGACCAGUUUGUCCUCAAAAACCACCCAAUCUUUCCAAUUACACGAUUGCCCUCACCAUAAUGCCUGGAGCACGCUACGAGCCGCUGAAAAAAAUAGUAUCUUAUCUUGGAAAUCAAAGCGAAGAUUGUCUAACCCUAAAUUUGUACAUCCCCGGUAGUGGAUCAAGAGGAAUAGAGGCGCCUUAUGCUGUUAUUGUUUACAUUCACGGUGAAAGUUUUGAAUGGGGAUCCGGUAAAAUGUACGAUGGUUCAGUGCUUGCAAGUGCAGGCCAUGUUAUAGUCGUUACACUCAAUUAUCGACUUGGAAUAUUAGGUUUUCUGAGGACGCGAGUAACACCCGAUGCAAAUGGUUCAUUGAACGGCAACUUGGCGUUGAAGGACAUUGUCAGAGGUCUUCAAUGGGUGAGAGAUAACAUUGGAGCAUUUGGAGGUGAUCCAACACGUGUGACAUUAAUGGGUCAUGACACCGGAGCAGCUCUUGUUAAUCUUGUUCUUUUGGCACCAUUUUCUAAAGGUUUGCUGCACAGAGUAAUACUAUUGAGUGGCUCAGCUCUAAGUCCUUGGGCUUCUGUACACGAUCCUAAUAACCUCAGGCGAAAGGUUGGGGAGCAACUUAACUGUUCAAUGACCAGCGACGACGAGGACAUUGCUGAUUGUCUUCGAGGCGUACCACUGCAUGUGUUACUCAACAUUGACCUACCUGAAAUCAAAUUCAUGCCACGCAUUGGACCAGCAUUGCCAGUAGAUCAAAGCAAUCCAGACCCAGCGAUGGAUAUGGAACGCGCAAGCGAUGCAUUUAUUAAGGUCCCACUUAUCCUCGGCGUAACGACUGCAGAGGCUUACCUAGAUUUCAACGACAAUGAAAUACAAUUUGGCUUUGAAGAGAAUCAGCGUAAUCGGAUUUUGCGAACGUACAUCAGAAAUGCAUACUACUAUCACUUAAAUGAGAUACUGUCAGCUGUCAGAAACGAGUAUACCGAUUGGGAUAAACCAAUAAUACAUCCAGUUAAUUUAAUGGAAUAUACCAUGGAGGCUCUUAGUGACGGACAUACUGUAGCUCCGCUCAUGAGAGUUGCAUUUUAUCAUGCGCGACGUGGAGCUAAUACUUACUUCUAUCACUUUAGCUAUCAAUCCAAAGACAGCAAAUUUCCUCAGCGACUGGGUAGCGUACGUGGCGAGGAUAUACCAUAUAUAUUUGGAUUACCAUUGAUAUCCGGUGGCGCUUUUUUUCCUCACAAUUACAGUCGUCAGGAUCAAGGCGUCGCCGAAGCCAUACUCACGUUUCUUACUAAUUUUGCAAAAACGGGAAACCCCAAUUUACCUCACAAUAUUGAGUCUGUUGAUUACGGAACAGAAAGAGAAAAAGCUCGCUUCCGGGGACUUAAUUGGGAACAAUAUGAAACCGAGUCACAAUCAUAUUUAACGAUAGCACUGAAGCCAAAAACUAAAAGCCAUUACAGAGGACAUAAAAUGGCUAUGUGGUUAAAUUUAAUACCGCAGUUACAUCAACCUGGAGAUGAAGAUGUGUCAAUGAGACAUCACCACUUUCGUGAGCAUGGUGAUCAUUUUUAUUCAGGAACAGUACGCGACGAAUGGCAUACACCAGUCCCGUUAUUUGAUCCGACUAGAACCAGUACACUAUCAACAUCGUGUACAACCCAAAGUGAGGAUCAGAUAACAGAAGAUAUGUCUGCAAUAUUGAAUAACAAUAACGAGGACGCGGAAUUACUUCAAAGAUUAGCUUCGCGUCAUUAUUACAGCACAACGACCGCACUAGCAAUAACUGUUGGUGUUGGAUGCAUCCUAUUAGUUCUAAAUAUGUUGAUAUUCGCUGGUAUUUACUAUCAGCGGGACCGAGAUAAAAAACGUGCUUCGACGUUAGGAUGCAUGGCUAACGGCCAAGACUCGUUACCCAUGACAACGCGUCCGUCAAUAAAGUCUAUUGACAACAACAAUCCAACGUCUGUUCAAGAGCCGCCUCCGUCUUACACGACCCUGGCUAGAAAUACUAACAAUUCUGUACAAAGUCAGCAACAAAAAUUACUCCAGCAGCAUCAGCAGCAACAAAAUGAAAUUGAUAAUAACAUAUCAUUGUUGUUGAGCUCAGCUAAUCAACAGAUAAACAAUGAUAAUGAUGAUAAUGACAAUGACAAUGACAAUGAUGAUAAUAAUGACAGUGAUAUCAAUAAUGAACAGGUUAUCAAAAAUACCUUCAUCAAUUCAUCAACUACACAUAAUAGUAAUAAAGACUUAAUAAUGCCUCCUAAACCACCGGUUAGAACAACAAGUUCAUUAAGCAACAGUACGGGUGGUGUAGGCGGUGUUAGUGGGGGCGGUACUAUUAAAAAACGUGUGCAAAUUCAAGAGAUAACUGUAUAGCAUUAGGGGUUGCCCCAACCGGGCACGAUUAAAUCCAAGCACGUUACUUUUAAUGAAGAUAAUAAUACCAUUCAAGAUACACCCUUUUAAUUUGUUUUUUAUUUUUUAUUCGCUAUCAGAUUCUAAAUUAAAAACUAUUGUUUUUAUUUUUCCAACUGUUUGAGGUGGUACUGGAGAUUUUAUUAACUUAGUUAUUUUUUAAUAUUUAAAUUAUUUUAAUACGUGCUUGGGUUUUUUAAUUAAAUGAGACACCGAUCGGGUUAUUAUUUUUAAAAUGAAAGAAAUUUUAAAUGUUUUUUUGCUGUGGAUUUAAUUGCAGGAAUGUAAAUAUUUAAUUGAAUCCCUGAAAUUCUGUUUUUUAUUUGAUUUCUUCUCGGAAUAGUUAGUAUUUAAUUAACUACUGAGUGAUUAUUUACAAUGAAGCGAAUAUACAUAAAUUAAUGUUUAAUAACCCGGGGGUAUUUCAUUUAAAUGGAAACAUGUGAAUACAAUAAAAAAAAAUUUUUUAUACAAUUAUAUAUUAGUAGGUGAUUGUAUGUUUGUAAAAAAAUUAAUAUAUUUAUUAUUUUAUUUAUUGUACUUCCGUGUUUCCGUAGUCAUUUAGAUCUAUUGGAAUAUAUUUAUGUUU